AUUGACGUCAUCACGAGUUGCCUACGAAGAGAAGGACCUUCAGCAAGAGUGAGCAGAGAGUAAUGCACGUGAGUGUGUGGUUGUUUGGACGGUUGAGAACGUGUAGACUGUUGUCCGUCUUUUCUGGUGCAGCAGAAGAUAAACUUUACAAAGUGAAACUUCGUGUUUUGUGGUUUCAAAACGUUUCCCGGACUCUGAAUCGUCAAUUGGGUUCUCAACGGAGGAGCACGACGAUGGAGCAGGCAGCAGCCAUCACUGCUACACCAGCAGAGGUAAACACAAACAGCCCGGUGUUAAGUGAGAAAAAUACAGUGAAAGAGGCCACUGACACAGGGAAACGCAAAAGCAACGAGACGGACGAACCCGAGUCAAGUGGCCGAGGGAAGAGACGCCGAGGAGCGGGGGGGAAGAAACUCCGUCCAGGUGAGAGGUACAUCCCUCCUCCACAGAAGAGGAACCCGGGGGUCAGCUUCAGCCAGGUGCAUUUCGACGAGACCUCCUACUACUUUGAAGGUGGCCUGCGUAAAGUCCAGCCGUACUUCUUUGACUUCAAGACGUACUGCAAGGGUCGGUGGAUUGGGAAGAGCCUGCAUGAGGUGUUCGAGAGUGAAUUCAGAGCAGAGUCCAUUGAGUACUACCAGCAGGCCUGCAAAGAGGGUCGCAUCCGGCUGAACGAGACACAAGUGGAGGACCUGUCCAUAGUGCUCAGGAAUAAUGACCACAUGAAGAACACGGUGCACCGCCAUGAGCCCCCUGUGGUCGGUACACCCCUGGAGGUUCUGGUGGACGACGGUGAGGUGCUUGUGGUGGACAAGCCCGCCUCCAUCCCAGUCCACCCUUGCGGCCGUUUUCGCCACAACACAGUGAUUUUCAUCCUGGGAAAAGAACUGGGUAUCUCUGAGCUCCACACGGUCCACAGGCUGGACAGGCUCACAUCUGGGGUGCUGCUCUUUGCCAGGACGCUGGAGACUUCAAAGAAACUGGAUCAGCUAGUGAGGGACAGAGAGGUUGAAAAGGAGUAUUUGUGUCGUGUGGAGGGGGAGUUCCCAGAAGGUGAGCUGGUCUGUGAGGAGCCCAUCCUGGUUGUCUCCUUUAAAAUCGGCCUCUGCCGUGUCGACCCCAAAGGUAAGGAGAGCAGAACUGUCUUCCAGAAGCUUAGCUAUAACGGAAAAACCAGCGUGGUGCGCUGUUUACCUCUGACUGGACGCACACACCAAAUCAGGGUCCACCUCCAGUAUCUGGGCUUCCCGAUCCUCAAUGAUCCAAUCUAUGGGUCUUCAGCUUGGGGUCCUCACAGGGGCAAGGGGGGACUGGUGGGAAAGAGUAAUGAAGAGCUGCUGCAGGCACUAGUGGAUGAGCAUCGCUCUCAGGAGAGUCUUCACCUUUUGGAUAUUCCAGAUGACGGGAUCGGGAUUGAGCAAGUGGUGGGGAAAAACAAGAACGCAGAUAAAUCAGAAGGAGACACUGAACCUAAGAUGAGCGGAGAAAGUCCUCGGAUACAGAUCGAUGGCACAGAGACGGUCACUAACAUUGAGCAUGGCGGCACAGACCUAGAAUCUAAGAUUACCUCUCCCAAAUCUCCACAAACAAAUUCAAACACAAAUCAAACAGAGACAGCCAACAAGACUCACAUAGUUCCUCCAGAAACCAGAGACCACCUGUGCAGUGAGUGUAAGCUAGUCAGACCGGAUCCUACCGAGAGUGAGCUUGUCAUGUAUCUCCACGCUUUACGCUACAAAGGACCUGAUUUUGAUUAUUCCACACGUCGACCAGACUGGGCAGAAGAAGACUGGGUGGAAACUGAAUAAAGCUUACUAAAGAGUUUUAAUAACUGCCUUAUGAACAGUUAAAAAUACCCUGUCACACCUUUUGAUAUUUAAGUAAGGUGACUUUACUGAUUGAGUUUUGGUUACUUCUCUGAAAAUGGAAUUUAAACGCCUCAAAUUCUGGUUUAGGAAAUGCUUUUUCCACUAGAAUAAAGUAAAAAUAAAUUAUUCUUUUGCUCCAGGCGGCCUUUUUGAAAAAAAGAACAUGAAAGUAUUGAUUUUAAUUUCAGGAGUGUUUUAUUGUGAAAGUUGUUUUAAUUUAAUUUCAUCCCUUUAGCUUGAAAUCUGUCCUCUGUUUUAACAAUGCUUUAAAAUGAAUAAAAAAACAGCCUGCAGGAAAAUAA